AUGGAAUGUUCACCAACGCUGUAUCCUCAAACCAUUCCAUACUGCGCUGAUACUGCGCUGGUGAUACGUGAACAUAACGGUUGGUUGUCUCAUACGGUGUAUCGGAAACCAACGCACACGGAUAGAUACCUGAGAGCGGGUUCACAUCACUACCCGGCACAUUUAGCCUCAGUUCCGCGGACGCACAUUAAUAGAGUUUUGAAACUUUGCGACCCGGAUUACAUAGAUGUUGAGCUAAAUCAUGUGAAGGAUGUGUUGGUUGGUAACGGUUACAAGUGGAAACAGAGUUGGCGUGUGGCAAAUGCAUCAACGAGGCCUCGACCAGAAUCGGCAGAGAGAGUGGUAGCGUACUUACCUUAUGUCAGGGGGGUGACGGAUGUGAUUGGAAACUUGUUACGCCGAAGGUACAGCAUCAACACAAUAUUCCGUCCUCUCACACAGCUGCGACAAUUGCUUCGCUCUCCAAAGGACAGAGACCCUCUGGGGGUCCCCGGUGUUUAUAUGGUUCCCUGUGACUGCGGCAAGUGUUACGUCGGCGAAACGAGACGGGACGUGGCUACUAGGCUAGCUGAGCAUAUCCGAUCCAUGAAGAACCAAGAUGUCAAUGGAUCUGCGGUGGCAGACCACUUUCUGAGCUCCGGUGCUGGUCACUACAUUAGGUUUGAUAAAGCUAAGGUUUUAGCGCGCGAGAAGUAUUUUGUGCCCCGCAAAAUCCGAGAGGCUAUUGAAAUAAGUAGGCGACCAAAUUUUAAUAGGACGGAGGCUGGAGCUUACCAUUGA